CUAUCUGCGAGAGAUAUAUUGAGUAAUAAAAAAUAUUGUUUAAAACUAUAUCUUGUUUAAGUGCGUUGCGGCAAACAAGUCCACAACUAAACUACAGGGAGAGAAACGGCAACAAAUACAUCAAAUAUGUACACAAAUAACACACUGAGUCUGCAGUUGCGGCUCCUGUUGUGGCUUGUCAGUGCUUGCGCCUGUGCCGAGGCCAAUCAUCAAAUCCACAUAGAAGCCAGUAACGAAAAACUGGUAGGCGGCCCUCUAGAGGGUAGUUUCAUCAGCCUAGACGAGCCACUGUCAGAGCCGGCGACGCACGAGGAACCAGAACUGUUGCGUGAGUUGCAUUUUGUGCCGCAACAGAUAGACUUUGGAACGUGGUCCGUGGGGCAGGCACGCUCGCAGAUUGUAACAUUAUUCAAUCAGCACACAAAUCGCACAGUUCAUCUAAACUCUGUUACUGGACCCAGUCCAGAGUUCCACGGAAGUUUCUUUGGGUCACGAGAAGUGCCGCCACAGGGCAAUACAACGUUUAGCGUUGUAUUUUUGCCCCGGCAACUAGGUGCCAUAUCAACGGAUCUCCUUAUACACACGUCCUUCGGACGCACGGGGUUUUCGGUGCGUGGCGAGGGCAGUGAGUGUCCGUAUCGCUUAAAGCCGCUCGUGGGCAUAAAGGCGCCCAUGAACGCUACACUAACGCCAGAGAUUCACAUGUACAAUCCCCACGAGCGGCCUCUGCAGAUUCUAGAGGUUUACAGCAGCGGCGGAGAGUUUCAGCUGGAGCUGCCCAGCGGCGGUUCAGAGGGACCACAAAAUCUCUGGGAGAUACCACCACAUACAUUAAAGCCUGUAAUACGCAUAUCGUUUCAUGGGCGCACCGCUGGCAACCACAGUGCGUACAUACGCAUCAAAAUCGCCGAGCAAUCAGACGAGCCAUCGCUGGAGCCCGCCAACGAAAACGUUCUAGUCAUACCCGUCGAAUUCGAAAUACUGCCCACCCAUGCAGCCUACGCUCGCAAUCCACUGGCAGACUUCGGCCGCCUUGCCACGCAGCAGGCCGAAACGCUACACUUUAAGCUUGACAUGCAAAACGAGCAUGCAGACGCAAAUAAGCGCAAGCUAAUUGGCAAAUACUUGCGCGACAUUCCGGGUCUGUCAUUCGAUGCUCACAAUGCCAGCAUUGUGCUGGACCCGCGACUCUUCGACGAGAGUGCCACAAUUAAUGAUUUGCUUGUCGUGAGCAGUGGCGCCGAUGUCAAUGGGAAAGCUCAAGGUGAAUUCACGGUGCUCGUACGUGCAGAAAUUCACAAAGGUGGCCUGCUCUUUGAUGGCAAUGUGACCACUUUUGUCACCAGCUCCGAAAAGGAUUUGGAGCGGAAAAGAUCGUUGGUGGUACGCAACACAUUUGCUUUUCCAUUAAAGCUGUAUAAUGUCAGUCUAUCGGAUCCGAUUGAUGGAUCGCUCCUGGACAUAACACCGGUCACGGAGCAAUUUCUUCUGCAGCCAGGAGAAAACGUGGAACUUCUGCAGUUGCAUUUAAAAAACACUCAAGCCACAUUUAAGUCAUCGCUGCGCAUUGAGAGCAAUGUAACGACGUUCGAGAUGCCCGUCACAUCGUGCAGUGGCUUGCUGCAUGUGUCGACGCAGCUGUUCGAUUUUCGUUGGAACCCGGAAGCAGAGCACAGCCUUGAGCUUGAUAUGGGCACUGUACCACUUGCUGCGAUGUCGCAGGCAGGAUUUGUGGUGCUGCGUAACAAUAAUCCCAUGACCAUCAAGUUAACCGAUUGGAAAUUCGAGUUAACGAAGAAUGUUUACUAUCAGGCUGGAUUUAUUGGCUGUUUACUGCCACAAAGCGAGAGAGAACUUCUCAGCGGCCGCAAUGACAGCAUGGCCUUUUAUGUUUGUAGACAACUGGAGGAGGGCGACGUGGCCAUCUUCCAGCUGGCUAUUAAAACCAGCCGGGAGGAGCAGAGUGGAGGCAUUUUUAAAGUUAGCACUCAGUACGAGGAUAUCGAUGUGAUGGUAUAUUUUAAGGCUACCAUGGGCCAGCUUGAGGUCGAGCAGGAGCAGCUAACCUUCAGGAACUGUUUUCCAGGAAAAAUAUGCACGGCUAUUUUAAGCAUACGCUCCAGCUUGGUGCAACCGUUGCAUGUGUCAGCCAUCAAAUUUAAUAGGCCGGGAUUGCGCUUCAAGGACUUUAAUGCCAAGGGCACCACAAUAUCGCCAAAAACCCUCACUAAAGUAGGACGCAUAUACUUUGAACCGUCUGCCUUAUGCAAAUCGAAUUGUUACCUCAAGCGAUCGUCUAACAAGGAUUCUAUUUUCCCCAGUAGCUCUGGCGGCAACAGAAAUUUGCUCUACCAUGGCGUGGAGCUGCGCCAGCGCAUCGAACUGUAUCGCCAAUUCAAACGGCAACUGAACGCCUUGACGCUGACGCUGCACAGCGAGGAGUUGCAUCCGCUUGAGCUGGAGUUCGGUAUUGAUGUGGAGUGGCCUAAACUGGUUCAGGCUCAGGGUAGAGCUCAUGCAACACCCGCCGUAGAAGUGGGCCAGGUGCAGAGGCGUUCGAUAGUGAUCACAAAUCCUACGCAACAUGCUCUGCUGGUGGACUAUUUUUUAGCCGAUCCGAAGCAUGCACGUUCCGAACUCUCGCUGCCACAUGAGGUUCUAGAUAUGACCUCCACCAGCUGCUAUUUGACGGAUCGCGAUGUGUUCAGACUGACCGAUGGCACACCGACGUCUCCAGUGCUGCUGCCGGCGGGCGCCAGCGUUUCAGUUCCCAUUGAGUUUAGUGCAUCGCAAGCCGAGAAGUACUGUACUCUGCUCCAUGUACGCAGCAAUCUGACACUCUACGAGGCUGUUUGGCUUACUGCGCGGGCAGUUCAGUCUCAGUUUCGUUUUGGCAAUCGCCGGCCGGGCUCAACCACACCGUUACUUUUCGAGCUGACGCCCGAACAUUUCGAAACCUGCGAUGGUAGUCAGGGAGCGGUGGAACCGACUACAGAAGCUGAUGGAAAGUCGCACAGCGUCAUGGCUACGCGCACAUUUACGGCACGUAAUUCGGGAGCGGCGCCGAUUCUUAUUGAAGGUUUUCUCAUUGGGAAUCGGCCAUGUGAAAACUUUGGCUUUAAGGUCUUCGACUGCCAGAGCUUCGAGCUGCGCGAGAACGAGACGCGUAAGGUGGAGAUUGCCUUCAGCACUGACUUUACCACAUCGCGCAUGCUGCGGCCUCUCACGCUAAUGACGAAUCUCACAUAUGACAUAAGCUACUCACUGCUGGCCCAACUGCCGGCGGAGAGUCUGGAGCGUUGUCGUGGCAGCUUGCCGCGUCCGCAGUGGGAGCAGGCGUUGCGCAAUACAGCAAUGAUUGUGCUUCUCACCAGUUUCAUUUUGGUAUUGUUUGCUGCCGUUUUCGAUUACCGCACCAUUAUCGCCCACCAGAACGCCUUUGAUGCAGCUCGCUACAAAGGACCCAUUCAGCCGACAUUCAAUCUGCGCAACAUAGCCAAGCUACAAGCGGAGGAAUCAGCUACCCCAGCGACUGGGGUAAAAUUGGAUGCGGCACAGCAGCAGAAGCUCAAGAUUGGUCAAACCAAAGAUAUGCGAAAACGCACAACGCUCACGAUGCCGUCGAGCAACGUGGAGAAAAGCACAACAAAAAAGGCCAAGUCAUGGACUCCUUGGCACAUGGAUAUGAAUGUGUUGAGCCAACAUUUGCAAAAGUCGUCGAAGCUGGUCAGCGAUACUAGCGCUAGUGCCAUUGCCAGCGCUAAGCCCGUGCUCCCAAAUUCGAGUUCUCCAAACGAGGCAAAAACCAGCAAGAAAUCCACGCCAUCGCCACAAGCAGCUCAAGCACAGCCACAUCAGCCAUUGCAGACGGCACCACGUAUUCAGAGGAAAGCGAAGCAAACCAUUUCGUUAACGCCAAAAUCAAAAACAGAGCCCACACCACAUGUUGUCAUUGAAGCGCAGGAUGUCAGACAGUCAGCCCAUCCAAAAGUGAUAACCACUCAACAGGAAAAUGUAUCACCGCGUCCUACCAAAAGCAGUGCGGACUCGCCCAAGGAGCGUGAACCCAAGGUGCUGAAGGAGCAAAAUGGUUCGGUUAAGAAACUUGGCAAGACGCCGGGUAGAGAGCGCCGUAAGGAACAAAAGGCGGCACAGUUGAAUGCUCUACAAGUACAAGCUACAGCCCCAAAAAGAAGCGGCAAGCAGCGCAACAAGCAACUUAAUUUCUAUGGUAAUGUAAAUACCGCACCGACUGUAUCGCCGCCAGCCUCGCCAGACACCUUGAAGUGCAUUACCUCGUCCUGGGAUACAAGCAGUCGUGCCUCAUUCAGCGAUGUGCUGCAGACUAAACAAUUUCCCUCGACUGAAAAUGGACUCAACUGGAAUGGGAAAGGCAUAUCUACUGAACUGGCAGCUACUCUUUUGGGACCGAUUGGGAGCAAAAAGAGCGGUUCGCCGACGGGUAUGACUUCGCUUUGGGAACCACUUACGACACACGAUGUGACCAGCGACAAAUCUUUGUCUCUUUUCGAGAUGCCUUCGAAUGUGGCAUCGGUUGAAUCAAACACUUUUACAGGCAUUGAUUUAAGUCCGCCGAUAUUGGAGCAAGCUCAGCUAGGAAACUUGGGCGGUAUUUAUGAAAGACCACCCUCACAUGCUCAGUGGCAACGAAGCGAAUUGAUAUUGAAGCAGCAGCAGUUAUUGCUUCAGCAAAAUUCGGAACAGAAGCAACACAAUCGGCAGUCGCAGGAUGAAUUGCUGCAACAGUACUCGCAACUAAUGACCCAUGUAGAUGGAAAUAGCUGGCCCAUGCAUAAUACUGCAUCAUCGUCGACUUGGUCUCCAAUUGGCUAUGCUGCUUCGUGGCAGAAUCAGGUGCCGCAUACCGCCACUGGCGUUGUGCGCCCUCCGCCUGGGCUUGAGACAACUUACCUUCAAAUGCCGGUAAAUAAUCCAUCAAAUAUGAUAAAUCAUGUGGAUGAGUUGGCGCAAAACUUGCUCGCACCUACCAACGCACAAAUCGAGCAGGAACGGACCCAACUGCCCACCCAGUACGAUCCAUUCACCUCGCCCAGCUCAAUUUGGUCUGACAAUUGGCGACAAAACCAAUCCCAGUCGCAACAGCAGCAGCAGCAACAGCGCAACAAUCACAUGAACUGAAGGCUGAACAAGCUCACAGAUCAAAUUAAAAAGAGAAAGAAAACCAAAUGAAAUUCUUACUUAUAGACACUUAGGUUACAAUGAUGCAUAAAUGAUCUUUUCCAAUUUGACUUUUGACUAAUAAAACCAAGGGUAAAUGACUUGUAUUGCAUCCA